UUGUAUUCGCGACACUUAUUCAAAAACAAUAACAAUAUGUUAUGUUGAGGUAACUUCCUAAUGCGAUUCUCAAGGAACAAUGAUACAGUAUUCAUAUCUAGCUUUCCCUAUGGCUAUAUGGUUAAGGUUUUUUCAAACUCUUGGCUCUUUGGUAGGUCAUUAAACAAAUCUUUACAACAAGGAACAGCUAGCAUAAAAUGCUACAACACUUGUCACUGGUUCUUCUUAUUUUCGCCCGAGGCACAUUUUGUUGUACUUUUUCAGCUAUUUUCCACCCCGAGGAAGGACCUAGCUCGGGCCGUGUUGCUAUUGACGUUCCAGUAUUCACCUGAGCUGAGUUUUCUUGCUAUUUUUGCAUCUGAAAAGACCAAAGUUUAUGUUCUCAGCCUUGCAUGUCCAUCAUGUGGCUGCGUAUGACUUUCUUCAUGCUAUGCACAACUGCUGGAGGAUGCACAGACAUGUUCAACACAUCAGGCCUGCUGCUGGAAUUCAGGGCUGUUGAUUUUUAUGACAAAAUAAAUUCUGGGAAGAUGGUCUUUAUGUAUUUUGAGACUCAAGUCUCUCCAACCAUCUCGCUCUUCUUGGGGGAAUUGAAAAAGUCUGCAGAUGUUCUGAAAGAUUAUGGAAUACUCGUGGGCAAGAUCAACUGCAAAAAGGAGAUUGUUCCCUCAUACUGCAUGAAAGAAAAGGUGGAACACACUGCUUUUCUUUUCAGGGGUGGUAAGGAGUUCUUGAGUUUUGAUUUGGACACUGUGUUUGACGUCAACUCCAUUGUUUCUGAAGUCUUGUUUGCUAUUUUACGCGACGAGGUCAAGUACGUGCAUUCAGACGCCGACCUCUUUGUCAUGGAGAAGUCAGUCAGAGGGAAAAAGGAUAUCGUGCUUGCUUAUGUCAGCAGUCUGGGCACACAAGAGCACAGAUCAGUAAUGGAGACAGCUUAUGUGUACGGAUCCAAAUACCAGUUCAUCCUCAUAACUGGAGGGCCUGUCUUGAAGCACUUAGGUGUUCACAGAGCAUCUCCUUUGUCUCGAGUAUGGUUCCUCCACUGCAGGGCUCCCAACUCUGAGCGCUGCCCUCUGACACCUAUGAGGACACCACUGUCAACACUAAACCUGCACACCUUCCUGCAAAUCAUGGAGGCUCCGCUGUUGUCAGAAGUAUAUGAAGACCCCUCUGCUGUUCCAAGCCCGCAGUUUCCCUACCAACAGAUCCCCCAGGUCUUUCUGUUCUCACAUUCCGAAACGGAGCAACUAGAUCGGGACACGGCUGACACUCUGGCCUGGAGGCUACGUGGCCUCGCCCUACUGACGCUAGUGCACAGGAAGAGUCCUAUGGUGAAAACGCCUGUUGAAUAUAACGCUGCUUACAGGCUGCCAGACAAGGGGUCUGAGGUUAAGUAUUUAACCUUAGACAACCUGGAUGAGCUCUUGGAGCUCUUCCUCUGUAAUGAGGGAGAUAAACUCCAAGAUGAGGAGUUGGAGGAGGAAGAGUGCAAUAUUGAGGAAGAUGUGUCUAAUGGGGAGUUAGAAGACGAGAUUGUGGCAUCUGUCUAUGUGAACCGAGGCCACGUGGUGCACAUGGCCUCCAUUACCCAACUGACGUCUGAGGACUUCGCCGACACAGUAGUUCAAAGUGGCCUCACGGUGGUGCUUUUCUACCUCAAAUGGGACGCCGUUUCAAUGGCCUUCCUCAGGUCGUUUACAGAAGUGGCAGAGAGGCUUGCAGAUGCUGACAUUGCUGGUGUUACCAUGAGCGCAGUGGAUUGUGGAGAAUGGACAGACCUCUGCGCUGCUCAGCCUGUCGGCUCUCUCCCAGUCUCAUUCCAGCCCAUCACUGCCUUUCCAAGUGUCCUGCUGCUCCGCCCUCUGGAGCCAAUUCAGGAGUACAGGGGAAUGUUGGGAUGUGAGCCGCUGCAUCGCUUCAUUUUGCUGAGCCGCCCGGCGUCCCCCCAGCUACUGUCUACUCACCAGGAAGUGACAUCAUUCCUUCAUGGAGCGCCUCAUCCUGAGCUAACGGGCUAUUACCCUGACAGAGUAGUUGGACUAUUUAGGACGCACACACAUUCAGGUGUGCCAGUGUUUAAUGAAGCAGCAAAGUCAUUGCGAGGGAAGGUGCUGAGCGCCAUGCUGACAGAUGUGUUGGCACAGGAAUGGGCUGCCGAUCUCUCUGUCAACCUUCCUGCAGUAUUAGUGUUUCCUUCUUGGAGGGGACACUCCCGGCCCUCUGUGUUGUCCCUGUUCGUCUCCGUGGAUAACUUGGUCUCCCAUAUUGAAGCAGCACUGCUGCAUCCUUUGCCUGAGUUGACAGUGGAAAACCUGCCAUCCUUCCUCAGCCUGGGAAAAGCCCUUCUCCUGCUGUUUGUUGGAGAAGAGGAGGACGAGAUUGGACUGAGGCAGAACAAGGUGCUGCUGGAGGAAAUGAGAGACAUGUUGGAAUUGGGAGGCGAGAGGAUGGAGCGCUACUUGACCUGCUGGAUCCACCUUGGCCGUACUCCAGCUGGGAUGUCAGUACUGGGCUCUUAUCUGGGUUCUAUGCCCCCCCUUCCUGCACUGGUUCUCACUCAUUUGCCCUCAGGACAUGAAGUUUACGAGUACCCACCCAACACACCCAUCGUGGCCGGGUCUGUCUUGCAGUGGCUCCAGAGGGUAGAGGAAGCCAGAGAGUCUCCUGCAGGGAUGUUAAGGAAAGAUGACUGGCCUCCCUCUGCGGAGUUCUAUGACUUUCUGAAAAUCAUGGACGAUGAGGAGCCUGGCUUUGCUAAGCAACGCGUUCCCAAAGAAAGGAACGAAGAAGUGGAGGAGGGUGAGACAGAGAUGAACAUGGAGGAAACAACAACUGAUUCCUCCUACCACACGCCGCAUCACUCAGAGUUAUGACAAAUGAUUUUCACAUUAUUCUGUAAUAGUAACAAGGGUCAUUGGUAGUGUAGUGGUUCACAUAGCUGCUACACAGUUGGACUGCUCAAUGCCCAGUUAUUUACUGGUUAUCAGUCCAGGGUGUACCCGGUCUCUCAGCCCGAUAAAUCUGCAGUGAUGGACUUGAAAUUCUAUGAACAGGAUAAGCCAGUGGUUGACAGACUUUUUACCUGUUAAAGUACCACCUCAAAAAAUACUUAGCUCUCCAAGUACCACCAAUAUUACUGCCAUUAAGAUACAGUAGCAGAAUAGGGCCAAGUGCUCAUCAAAAACAAGGCAGAGGUUUUAUUCCUAAAAUGUAUAUUUGAUAUUGUAAGCCACUGUAACAUUAUGCACAGUUUGAAUAUUAACACUGGGCUUAAAUAAAGAAAAAUAGAAAACUUUUCAAGUUUGAAUAAUGAUUCAAGUAAAAUGUGUUGCGCAUCCUGUAAGUUAUUAAAAAAUUGAACUUAAAUAAAUGUUUAAAAACAAACCGUACUAGAAGAUUAAAUGUAAAUGACUUACAAUACUCAAAGAUUAAAUGCAAAUGCAUCGUACUUAAAAGUUAAAUAUGACUGAACUCUACCUAACAAAUGUACUUUAUUUGAAAAAAAAAAAUAUUUGAAUAUUUAAUUUAGUGAUAUUUAUUGUGCCACAAGAUGGAGCCUGCGCACCACGCUUUGAGAAUCAGUCGGAUAAGCAGUAAAGAACAUGAAUGAAUGAAUGCAUGUUAAUCACCCAUAAUGCCUUUGAAAGUUAGAAUUUUGUAUUUUCAUAUUGCUGUAAAAAAAAACAAAAAAUGUUACGCAAUGGGCGGCAUGGUUGAGUCCUUAGCACGUGUUCUUUUACUAAAUCAGUCAAAUUCCAGUGUCCUUAUGUUAAGGGUAUCUACAGUAUGUGUUGGAAAUUCCUCUGACUAUAUUUCCCACGACAAAUUUACUCCUGUUCUGUAAUAGCAAGCACAUCGAAUCCCUUCAAUUAGAAAAAGCGCAAGAAGUAACAAACCAGCUACGGAGAUCCAAAUUCACGCUUAAAUACAAAUAUAUGGAAAUGUUUGUUUAAAUGUCACACAAAACAUGUAAAACAGUAUAGAAUAGUAUCCCAUUGUUUUCUUUGUGUGGUAGCACUUUUUUUAUAAGUUCGAAUAUGCAGUCUGUGAUUUGUGCAAACAACUAUCAUUCAUUUAUAUUCCUUGUGUGUCCACAGUUACACCGUUUCACAGGUUUAUGCAAGUUAUGCACUGUGCUGAUUUUAUUAUUUUUGACAGAUUUGAAGUUAAGCAGUCUUAAAUGAGAUUUUUCCUUAAUGACGUCAGAGUUCAGCUCAUUGGCUGACGCUCAAGUUCACCGAAUGAUGAGAACACUUCUACACUCUGGCCACUUCAUUAUGAACACAUGCACAAUCUAAUGAGGUCAAAUAUACAAGCUGUAUCAAAUAUUCCGCCUUUCUGCUUGCUUGUCCUUGACACUGUCAGAGAGGUAUUCAUGCGACAGUAUGUUUAUUAUUGUGGAGCAAGCCUUCGCUGCCUCUAAUACUUGGGUGUCAGUCUCCAGAGGGAUUUUUCCAUUGUCAGGUGUAUCAAAUCGUGUGUAUGGUCUAUGGUUCUACUUUGGGAUUAAAAUGGAAUGGAAUACGAUUAAAGCCUGAGCCGUGAUUAUCAGAAAAA